AUGGGGUCCUUGUUCAUGGUUGUGGUAGAUGUGUUCCGCGUGCCGCUUGUUUUGCUCGACAACCAGCCUGAAGACAGUGUUGUGAACACCGUGUGCUGGUGUUGCCUGCGGUGCUACCGGGACCAUAUUGAGGCGAUCAGUCUGGACGCGUACAUGGACAUGUGCGUGUCCUCCAGGAGCUACGUGGACGCAGGCCGGCGGGUUGCGGCUGUUAAAAGGGAGCGAGGGGGCGCGGUCAAAAGGUUGGACGGGGCCCAAGUGUUGUUCUCCUUGUCGGGGAUGAGCAUGGUCACGGCCAGCGUCGACGUCUUGGCAUUUUUCUUAUGCGAGAAGGUCAAAGGUUUGGACUACGAGUGGCGGUCCGUCAUCGUGUGGACGACGUUUUGCAGCUUCAUCGUGUGCUUCCACUUCAUGAGUUUCUUCGAUGCCGUUGCUGAUUCUCUCUUAUACUUCUAUGCCAUUGACCAAGCAGAAGAAGACGAGGAUGAUGAUUUCUUCGGACGGAUUCCUUUGGGAGGCGGCGGAGUCGGAGAAGCCGACCCACGUGCCCAGAGGCCUGCAGGCACUGCUCGAGAGCUCCGACGGCCACGGCAAACACUGAGCGCCGACGGGCGCGGCAGGCGCGCAGAGGGAGGGCGACGACGAGGGGGCGGCAGAGGCGCGGAUCAGUCGGAGGAGGGGAAGACGAGGACGGGGUGA